CCAGCAGACUCCGAUAACUACUAAAAAUGAAUGGCUCUGAGGACCUUCCGGAGUCCUAUGACUAUGACCUCAUCAUCAUCGGAGGAGGCUCCGGAGGAUUGGCAGCUGCUAAGGAGGCAGCCAAAUAUGGCAAGAAAGUGAUGGUCCUAGAUUUUGUCACUCCAACCCCUCUUGGAACUCGAUGGGGUCUCGGAGGAACAUGUGUGAAUGUGGGUUGCAUACCUAAAAAACUGAUGCACCAAGCAGCUCUGUUAGGACAGGCCCUAGAAGACUCUCGCACCUAUGGAUGGAAGGUCGAGGACACAGUUAAACAUGACUGGGACAGAAUGACAGAACCUGUACAGAACCACAUGACUCUGAACUGGGGCUACUGAGUGGCUCUGCAGGAGAAAAAGGUCAUCUAUGAGAAUGCUUAUGGGGAGUUUAUUGGUCCUCAUAGGAUUAAGGCAACAAAUAAUAAAGGCAAAGAAAAAAUUUACUCAGCAGAGAGAUUUCUCAUUGCUACUGGUGAAAGGCCACGCCAUCUGGGCAUCCCUGGAGACAGAGAAUACUGCAUCAGCAGUGACGAUCUUUUCUCCUUACCUUACUGCCGUAAGACUCUUGUGGUCGGAGCAUCCUAUGUUGCUUUGGAGUGUGCUGGGUUUCUUGCUGGUAUUGGUUUAGAUGUCACUGUUAUGGUUCGAUCCAUUCUCCUUAGAGGAUUUGACCAGGACAUGGCCAACAAAAUUGGUGAACACAUGAAAGAAUAUGGUGUCAAGUUUAUAAAACAAUUUGUCCCAAUUAAAGUUGAACAGAUUGAAGCGGGGACACCAGGCCAACUCAGGGUGGUAGCUCAGUCCACCAACAGUGGGGAGACCUUCGAAGGAGAGUAUAAUACAGUGUUGCUGACAAUAGGAAGAGAUCCUUGCACAAGAAAAAUUGACUUAGAAACUGUGGGAGUGAAGGUCAAUGAAAAGACUGGAAAAAUACCCGUCACGGAUGAGGAGCCGACUAAUGUGCCCUACAUCUACGCCAUUGGUGAUAUACUAGAGGGGAAGUUGGAGCUCACCCCGGUGGCCAUCCAGGCCGGAAGAUUGCUGGCUCAGAGGCUCUAUGGCAGUUCCACUGUGAAGUGUGACUAUGAAAAUGUUCCAACAACUGUAUUUACUCCUUUGGAAUAUGGUGCUUGCGGCCUUUCUGAAGAGAAAGCUAUGGAGAAAUUUGGGGAAGAAAAUAUUGAGGUUUACCAUAGUUACUUUUGGCCGUUGGAAUGGACGAUUCCAUCAAGAGAUAACAACAAAUGUUACGCAAAAGUCGUCUGUAAUACUAAAGACAAUGAACAUGUAGUGGGCUUCCACGUCCUCGGUCCAAAUGCUGGAGAAGUUACACAGGGCUUUGUGGCUGCGCUCAAGUGUGGACUGACCAAACAGCAGCUGGACAGCAUGAUUGGAAUCCACCCCGUCUGUGCAGAGGUGUUCACGACACUUUCUGUGACCAAGCGCUCCGGAGGAAGCAUCCUCCAGGCCGGCUGCUGAGGUUAAGCCCCAGUGUGGGUGCUGCUGCCGAGACUCUAGACCACCCACUCGUCUCCUUGCCAAAUCCAAGGUGAAGUUUUCAGGAACACUCUUGGGCUCCUGGCACCUGUGUGUCCUGUGCUUACCACCAUCCAGGACCUUGGAGCCAGCUCACGGGGAGGCGGUGGUGAAUGAAGGCAAGCAGCACUCCAUUGGGGUCACUGUCAUGGACUCGGAGCUAACUCUUGGCAGCACAUCAGAGGGAUGUGUCCAUGAAGUCACCAGCCUCAAGCCCGUGUGGUGGGUGGUGAUGGAACGACUGCCAGAUCAGUUUCAGCAUGUCCUUUUCUUUGUCAUUUUCUUACUCUCAUUCUCGAGCUUCCUAAUGUUGAUUAUCACUAUUGUUUUUCUUAUUUCUCAUGGUGUUAAUAUUGGAUGUGAAAAUGUUAGCUAUCGAUUUUCAUCCAAAAGCAAGUUGUGGCUUGAGUACCCAGUGGAGUGUCUUGGUGCAUGAAAGAGGUGAAUUGUAGCUCAGAGGUCACGUAGGAUGGUCUGUGAGAGAGAACUGUCUUACAGUUGGAAAUAAGUCUAUGUCCAAAGUAAGUAAAUCCAGUUGACUCUGGCCAAAUUC